AUGGAAGUCGAUAGCGGGUCAUCUUCUUCAUCAGAAGACGAAAUUGAACAAAAAUUAAUUCAUACUGCGUAAGUGAAUUUUUUGUUAAUUUUAUUUUUCAAAAAUAUGUUUUUCAUUUCAGAAAUGUUCGAUUAGCAAUGGAUGACUCGAAAUCUGCGGAAAUAAUUGCGAAUACAAUAAAAGUGGAUAAAGAGCCAAGUAGAAGUGGAGCUGUUAGAAAAGUUACUUUUGAGGAACAUUUUGUAGUUCUGUAAGUUAGUUAUAUUUUUAUUCAAAGUUUUAUCAUUAUAAAUUUCAGUGAAAUUGUUAGUAGCGAUCCAAAAUCACUAUCAAAAUCGAUCUCAAAUGCAGUUGAUAUGUGCGAUUUGUCUCAAAAAACUUUGCGACUUGCUCAAAAAUAUCCCAGCCCUGAAAAUGGUGUAAAACGACCAUUUUCAGAAUGA